AUGUACAUCGACACUGCGACUGCGAACAGUCGCUCCUCGAGGCCUCAGAUUAUCAUUGAGCCGUCACCAUACAACGAUCGCUCGACACCACUUCUAGAGGCUUUUGUGAACCAGGAAGUGGAGACAGAGGUGCCGCCGCCUAGCUACCUCGAAGCUACAACACCUGGUCUCUUCACAAGUCGACUAAGUGGAGAAGAAGGCGCAAGGCUGCUCUCCUUGGAUGGACGAGAAGCAAGAGAUGCGACUUCCAAAGAAGAGCAGUACGGAAGAAGAAGUUUAAGGCAGCAAUGCCUGAAGAAGACAUGGCUGAAGGUGGUUGGAACAGUACUUGCGAUGAUGCUCGUGUCUGCGACGCUGGCUCUUAUGGUCGCGGCGGUAUCUGUUCGGAGGGACAGACAGGCCACUGUGACUACCACUCCAUCAUCAGCACAAUCCGCGCAGGGCGAUGCCACCCAUCCAGAAGGAUUCAUUGACGACGACUCUGACAAACCAAGUCUCAUCGCCGUCCCAUGGCCAUCGCCAUCCGCCGAGGCGCAAUCAGCCGCACCGAAACAAUCUUUCCCCAUUCGAUGGCCCGCAAAGUGUGGAAAAGACUACAACGUUCGGACCGAACACCAUGACCUCGGGCAAGCGAGCGAGCUCAACAUCCAGGAAGCAGUGCACCAACUCGAUGGUUCAUACAAGCGGGUAGCAGGCUGGAUACACGUCGCGCAAGCACCCCCUGAGCAAGCUGCCGGCACUGUUCAGGUCAAGAUGUCAUACGCCGUAUCCUCAUCCGUCGACGUCAACAGCAUCGCAUACUCGUCCACAGAAACCGGCAUAACAAUUGGCGAUCCCUCGUUCCCCGACGGCUUCGACGGCGUACGACCCGGCAACGCCUGUCUCGGCAUGUCAGUAGUAAUCUAUAUGGCCCAAGGAACCACCUUAUCCAACUUCAAAGUCUCAACCACACACAUGGGCAUGCAAGUCCAUGCCGGCGCAAACUUCACUGUCAGGGACACGACGUCCAUCUCUACAACCACCGGCACCCUCGACGCCACAGCCUUCUCGUCGCGCCGCACCUACCUGCAAACCAUCUCCGGAUCCAUAAGCGGGAAAUACGCACUAUCCGACCUCCUUUCUGUGAAAACGAAGAGCGGAUCCGUCAACAUCGACAUUGAGCCCCAGUCUGCCGUCGAAGGCUCCACAAACCCAGCCGUCUUCAUGGUAGACUCGCUAUCAGGAAGUAUACGAACAGACUUCAAGCGCAAGUACAUUCCCAACCGCGAGUACCAAACCUACAUCAACACCACCGUGGGCUCCGUCGACGGUACCUUUAUCCACGGCUCCCGCACAGAAUUCAACUCCGUCGCCGGUCUCGUAGCCGCUGAUAUCCUCCCAUUCAAAUCCGGUGAUUACCAAUCUGAAAUCUACACAAGUACGCACUCUGGCCAGACUUCUCUUACCUUGCGCUCUCCGUACCGGGCGAAGAAUGUAGCCAUGUCUGGCUUGGUUAGUACGCACAAGAGCACGUCUGGUGGACUCGAUGUGACGUACCCACCUGAAUGGUCGGGUGUCGUUGACGGUACGAGUUUGAGUGGAGCGUUGCAUUUGCAAGGCAAGGAUUUGGAACUCCUAGGGGAGAACGAUGAGCCGGGGAAGAACCAUGUCGAGGCGAAAAAGGGGCAGGGGGAAAGCACAUUGAGUUUUGAUACUGUUAGUGGCGGGUGCGAGAUCAAGAUUGGGAAGUUAUAG